AAUGAAGAGAACAGUACUCAUCAUGCUCUCCUUCUCCCUCCUCUUCUCCCUCUCCUCAUCCCUUCACCAUGACCAAGAAACAGAGAAGCAGCAGGAGGAAUGGCAGAAGGAAAAGAAUGCUAAACUCUUAAUCUUUGGAGAAGAGAGCUACGAGGAUUUAGUGAGCUCGGAGCAUGGAAAACUUAGGAUUUUGAAGCCCUUCGCCGAAUUGUCUCCUAUGCUGCAGGGGAUUACAAAUUACAGGCUUGGCUGGUUUGAGGCGGAGCCUCUCACGUUUUUAGUGCCAACUCACACGAAUGCUGACUCUGUUUUCUAUGUUGUUGAAGGUGAGGGAGCUAUUGCCUUAUUGCAUGAGGGGAAUAGGGAGUCUCAUGUUAUUGAGAAGGGAGAUAUCAUGAGGGUUUGGGCCGGCAGCAUAAUGUAUCUGAUUAAUAAAAGCAAGAACCAAAAGCUUAAACUUGCCCGGCUUCUUCGUCCUGUUGGAAAUACUGCCAGCUUUCAGGUUUUCCAGUCCGCUGGUAGUGAGGAGGCUGAGUCCUACUUCCGGGGCUUCAGCACUGAAAUCGCAGAGGCUGCGCUGAAUACGCCAAGAGAACAACUGCAUCAGUUAUUCGGACAUCAAAGCAGGGCGGCAAUAACAAAAGCACCGGAGGAGAAGAUCAGAGCCAUAGCGCAACAGGCCUACGAAUCAGAAACCAGGCCUUGGCCUUUCCGCAGAUCGAAUAAGCCUUUUAAUUUACUAAACAAACAGCCUAUGUACAAAAAUAACAGAGGCAAGCUCCUUGAGGCAGAUCGCAACGACUAUGAGCAGCUCAGAGAUCUUAACGUCAGAGUCACCUUCACCAACAUAUCUCGUGGAUCAAUGCUAGCACCCUUCUUCAACACACGAGCUUUCAAGCUUGCAGUAGUGACCAAAGGAAGCGGCUACGUAGAAAUAAUCUACCCCGAAGAAAAAGAAUGGCAUAAAGAAGACGAGCCACAGCGUCAGACUGAAGAACGUUACACUAGAGUGAGCUCUCCGUUAUCACAGGGCUCUGUUAUGGUGAGCCCGCCGGGUCACCCGACCUCCAUCGUUGCCAGCAAGGAACAGAGCCUUCAGAUGGUGUGCUUUGAAAUUCAAGCGGAGAGCAACGAGAUGGUUUUUAUUGCGGGGAAGAACAAUAUGCUGAGCGAGUUGGAGAAGGAGGCAAAGGAGCUUGCGUUCGGGGUGGCGGCGAAGGUGGUGGAUGAGGUGUUGAGAGGGAGGGAGGAGGAGGUGUUCAUGGCGGGGCCAUGGGAGGGGAAGGGAGGAGAGAAACUUGUGAGGCCGUUAAUGGAGUCUGUUGUGAGUUUUGUUGAAGGGGUCUGAGGAGGGGGUUUGAAGUAUGUAUGGGGGAGUAUGAAAUAUUUAAAUAAGAGAGGGAGAGGCUCUCUGUUUUGCGCAGGUGUGUGAUAAUAUAAAUAUGUUGUAUUUGAGUAAUGUGAUGUAGAGUUUCAUGAAGUUAAGACCUCUUUUUUAAAUUUU